AUGCAACAGGUAUUGACGGCCCUCCAGAUAUUAGGCAGGGGCAACUGCUUCGACGACAUCUGUCAACUGUCUUUGAUGAGCAAGCCGAUGGCGGCGGCUACGUUCCACAAGUUCUGCAAGCACUUUGCGCAGGAGCUGUUCGAGGAGCACAUAUACCUUCCUACCGGAUCGUACCAGGAUGAAGUCAUGUGCAUGUACGACAAGCUGGGGAUGACGGGGGCCAUCGGAUCUACCGACGUGACCCACAUCGGAUGGGGCAUGUGCCCGUUCACCCUUGGCCGUUCUUAUACGGGCAAGGAAGGAUUCCCGACCAUCGCCUACCAAGUGACAGUCGACCACGCGGGUCGAGCCAUCGCGAUCACCAGCGGUUUCACCGGAGCAACUAAUGACAAGACCAUCAUGCGCUACGACGCAGGUGUCCACACCAUCAAGACGGAUGCCCAGUACACGAAGCGCACGUACAAGCUCCGGAGGGCGGAUGGAACAUAUCGGGAGCGCAAGGGCGGUUUCACCGGAGCAACUAAUGACAAGACCAUCAUGCGCUACGACGCAGGUGUCCACACCAUCAAGACGGAUGCCCAGUACACGAAGCGCACGUACAAGCUCCGGAGGGCGGAUGGAACAUUUCGGGAGCGCAAGGGGUGCUACUUAAUCGUUGACAACGGGUACCACGAGGUAAAUUCACUUGGCCAUCCUAAUAGAAUGAGAGAGGAUUAUCCCCUGGCGGGAAACACUCGAGCAGGGCUACUGUGUAGUUCAACCGUAGGCAGACCCAGUUCACUUUGUCAUUUGUCGGCCUUAGAGAGCGUUGUUUCCGGCGCCAACCAAACAUAAAAAUCUCCUUCCGCUUACGCCUUGUUGGUGCCGGGAAAUGGGGACAACGUGGAUGCCACAACGUAACACAUCACACAUCGAUGGUGUGUGUAGAAGUCGGGCAAGUUAUGAAGUCACGCUGCAGAUUUUUCUGUCGACGCAU